AUGCAAAUCGUGCAAAUACAGUCACAAUACAGGAGGAAGACCGCUUUCGCAACAAUGAGAUCGACGAAUCUAUUACAGAUAACACAACAGAUGCCAAGAUACCGGCCCAUACUCGGACGCGGGAACAGCCAAAUGCGAAAUUCAGAAGAGCCUUUGUGGUCAAAUUCGCAGCUGCUACAACGGCGACCAGCAAUGCAUAUUUUAAUAUAUCCGAGGCACACAAGUGCACACCAGAAUGUGUUAUACAAAACAAGAUUGUGUAGACAUUAUGAACGCCAUGGCGUAUGCCUAUCGGGUGAAACUUGUCUAUUCGCCCACGGAAUCAAUGAACUGCGGCUACCGCAAAAUCACCCAAAGUAUCGCACGAAGGAGUGUGAGAUGUUCACUCGAAUGGGGUUUUGUGGAUAUGGCAGCCAAUGCCACUUUAUCCACGCAGACAUCAUACUUGCUGUUGUUACAUCAUUUAUGCAUAUAUGCCUCCAUUCAUACUCAUUGUUAUUGCUACUAUUACGCAAUAUUACCGAUUUGAUAAAUCGACAACUUGUUCUGACUAACUUCAAAGGUGACCUGGAUGGUGGGAUUGCGCAGCACGACGUGAUUUUUGAUACAGGUUACUAUCGCCUAAGAGCAAGUGGAUGGUGUUUUAAUUAUUAUUGGCAGGACUACAAUUAA